AUGGCCAACAUAUCUCAAAAGACACAUUAUGAAAUUUUGGGCGUGGAAAGAGGCUCAAAUGUCCAGGAAAUCAAAAACGCAUAUAAAGAAAAACUAUUAAAUACACAUCCAGACAAGACAAACAAGCAGCUUAUUGAUUCAGAUAUAAUUGCUCAGAUCAAAUUAGCAUAUGCCACAUUGGUAAAUGAUACCCUAAGGACACAGUAUGAUGAAGAACUCAAGCAAACUUUUCAGAGAAAUGGACUUAUAAGCACCGGUGAAGGUUUAGAUAUUGUAACAUUAGAUGAUUUUAGCUAUUCUGAAGAUGAUGGAUUUUCAAAAGAUUGUCCGCGAUGUACUGCUACUGGGAGUUUUAUUUUAACAGAAGAUGAUUUAGCUGAAAGUGGGACUGCUGAUGGGCUAGGUGGGUACGAAAUCAUUGUUCAAUGUAAUGCAUGCAGUUUAUGGUUAAAAGUCAAGUAUUUUGAUUUAGAAGAUGAUGAGGAGGAAUGA